AUGGAUUUCACCGAUGGAUCGACUUUCGCCCCUGCAAAAGGCCGGCGAAAGAGACCUAGAUCUCCUGACCUUGCAGAAAAUUCUACCCUCAAGCUUGAGCAAGGACUCGUCGCUGCGGACCAUGCGGCGACAGCCAUUUCACUUGGGCCCGAUACGGAGCGGAGUAAACGGCUCAAGCUCUCAGUCGGCACGCCGGGGCUUAGCUCUCCUGCAGGCUCCAAGAGAGCCUCUCUGCGCCAGCCUUUGAUGCUGGCGGAGCUACCUUGCGAAGUCCUGCAACAUAUUUUCACUUUUGUUGAUCCCAUUUCUCUUGGACGGUUGGUCUGUGUCAACCGCUCCUUUCGUUCACUCCUUGAUCCCGCAUGCCUCCUACCACAAAAGUCUGCAUCUAGCCAGUUCAUGCACUUGACUAUGCGGAGUCAGGACCUUGUUUGGGCCACAUCUCGCAGGUCGUUCCUUCAGGGCUUUCCAAAGCCAAUGGACAAGAUGACAGAGCUGGAAAUGUGGAGACUCGUUCGCGGUCAUGCAUGCCAAUUCUGCGGAAAGAAAACUGCUCGCGAGCAACACCCGUCGACAUCUGAACCCUGGGAUGCUGGGCCUGGACUGGAUGGCGUUCGGCCUAUCUGGCCAUUCAGAGUUAGGACCUGUGGCCGUUGUCUGCAGCUCAGGUUAAUAAAGGACGCAGAGUUGCUUGUCUCUACCCAUUCGGCACUCAGGCCCGGUCUGCCUUUUGCGAUCCUGACACAGGACUUGAAUUACAUUCCAUCCCAGCUGAUCCAGCAGAAGUCACCCCCUCCGCACCUCGAGCUGAUCAAAUACUAUUUCCGGCCUCAAUUGGAAGAACUUCAAUCCGAGUUCCACGACGUAAAGGCUCUGGGAGCUGCUACAAUCACAGAAUGGUAUAAAGGGCUCGAGACUUUGGGACAGCAAAGCAACGCUGAUGCUGCGCGUUUCGAGCAAUGGGAACUCCAAGGUGGCUUCUCCAGGGUGCCCACACAGUUAGGCCAAAAUGAAAACAGCGCAAUUGCUUCGUCCAGGCGUGUUGCGAGCCAAGGAGACCUCAUGCAAGUACCUGACAACAUGCAGCAAGCUUCUGUGAACUCUGCUGUGGGAACACCUUCUGGCGACGUGACUUCGGGAUUUUCCACUCCUGGCGUUCAUGAGGGUGAGCAAUCAUCUGCCCCGGGGCAAGAGCCUCUGGGAACCACCGGCCCGCUUACCCAUCCAGGCCUGCUUGGUCAAACGCUAGUCCAUCCUCCGCGCCAGAAAACCGAGCGUAGUCUGAAAGAAGCAAAAGAGACAAGGGCUGAGCGCCGAAAAGAAAUUGAGAGACGCUGUCUUGCCCUUGAGCCCCCCAUAAUGCCCUCGACACUGGCGCAUAUGGAUGCGUUCCAGGCUGCGAUUCUGAUCUCACGGCCCCUUGAUGACAAGGCAUGGGAGAUAUUGAGACCUCGUCUUCUAGCCCAGCGCGCAGAUGCCGAACACCGAGAGAGCAAGGUUGCUCUUAGAGACCCAAACAUGCAACUCCAAAAGCGCCAACAACUGGAAGAAGAGCAGCGCGUUGCCCAGGCAAAUACAAGCCACAUGUGGCUCGAACUGAAGGUCCCUGCCAGAGAUAAGCUACAGAAAUAUGCCCAGGAAUUCAUACAUCAGACGUGGUCCGAUGGACGUGCUGUGACGAAGGCGACGGCAUGCAAGUUCGCAGCGGAGGUCCUGUGUCAUGUGCGACAACGCUUCGAUGAGGUGGUUUCUCAAGAGGAUCGAAUGCUUGAGUUGAAAGGAACCGCUUUUCCCCAGGACGCGGCGUCUCUUGCCUUCAGGAAAUUGAGACUAGAGGAUAUGAAAUGGGUUUAUGAAGAAUUUGUGAGGCGGCACACGGAGAGUUUUGGAAGGGAACUCUUCCUCUGUCACGUGUGUGACAAUCAAAAGCUGUUUGCAUUCGAAGCGGUCAUUCAGCACUUUGCUGCGAAACACACGAACGCUCUCAGCAGUGGCAACAGCAUCGUGUACUGGAAAGCCGACUGGCCUCUUGAGCCUCCUUUUGACCCACAUCCGAAUAUUCCAUGGGCUCUCGAGGCAACGGGCAACAUGCCUCUCACACAGCUACAUCAGCAAGCACACUCAAGUUUCCCUCCGCGCGGCCCGCCGUCCUCUGUCGAAGGCGAACCUAGAGGUUCAAACAUGUUUCCCCAACCUUUUCCCCCACCACAAUGGCCUGCUGAUCCAUCACAAUACAUCAACCAGAACAGCUCCUCAGGGUCGGUAAGAAUGGAGUCGCUUAAUGGCGGGCGCCUCCCUGUGGCGCUUGAUAGAGGGGCCAUCCGAGAUGGCGUUGCCGGCUCUUCCCUUGCCAGAUCUGAAGCUUCUGGAUAUGCCAAUGAAGAUGGAUAUGGGCCUCGUUUCCAUACUCAGACACUUACGCGACCGGGACGCUCUAACAUUCAAUUCUACCAAGGCUCGUAUACCGGUGGUAGAGCUAGCGACGCGGUCCGGGAUUACACGGGCAGGUCUGCCUCUCGUCGAGAGGAACAUUCUCAUCCUUUUGAGAUUGGGCGUGGUUGGGAGGCCUGGAGAGGGGAGGGUCCCAUGUCCCAUGGUUCCAUGAUCUACUCGUAUGGAGAUGGUUCUUCCAGGUUCUCAUACGCCGAGUCUCUGCAAAGAGACGGCGGUACCUCGGUUGAGGGAAUAUCUGAGACUGGAAGGGGUAGCAAAACUACCAGUCGCAUCUCUUUACACCGGGGAAUAGAUUCGGAGUCAAGAGCAGCCACCAGUGAGAUCGAGACAUCAAGAGAUGACACCGAUCAGGCGGCAACCAAGGGAGCAGUAGAGAAAUUCCUCAAUAGCUUCAGUCCAAUGGUUGAUGAAGAGAGGAUGGAUAGCACAAAGAGUGUUGCAGCCACCGCGCAUGGGAUUGACUUACAGCAGUCACGCACUGUGCCUGGAUCACAAUCGGCUGAUGCUUAUCUUCAGCACCACCAGUCCUGGGACAGAAUGAACAGUCAUGCUGUGAGCCGCCUCUCUCCGGCCUCGAGACAAAGGCCUCCUUUACCUAUGAGAGAGAUCGAGCAGCCGCCUUUAUGGUCUGACGACCCUGCAACACAAUUACGCUAUCGCCCUGUGAUGCCACCAGACCGCGACCAUGAAGUUGCUCGGGAAGCGGCUCACGGCGGCAGAUACGGGGAAGAGAUCUCUGAACGAACGCAACAAAUCCACUACGAUAGUCAAAAUGAGGGCAUGCGGAAUAUGGCCUCAACCUACGCCGUGCCUUCGUAUGAGCAUCAAUAUUUCUACGGCCAUGACGGAAGACGUUAUGUAGAAAUAAGAGAGCCGAGCCUGGAGAGGUAUCCACUUCGAGUCGAAAAUUUUCCGGAUCGAUAUCAAGAACCCUCUGAGAUUGGUGGGUCACGUUACUUGGAGAACAGGCGGUACUUCUUGGAACGGCACGUCGAUCACGAUAACCAUGUUCGUGCGGCGCCCAGAGAAUAUCGACUCGGCGAUAAUGGCUACUACUCUGCCCACCGUAGGGGACCGUCGUCCAUGGAGUAUGAUGGUCGAUACACUCACGAGGAAGUUCCACUUGAACCACGCACGCGACCCAGCCGAGUCAGCAACCGGGAGAUCACUUACGAGCCAAUCGAGCAACCAAUACGGUACACUCCGCCAUCCUUUGGCGCAGGUCGUCCUGGAGGCUGA